CUCUCCCUGUGGAUUAUAUAAAAGUCAUUCUUCAGAGCUCUGAGUCACUGCACCAGGACCUGGAUCAGGCAAGGAGGCCUUUCCCUGCCUGAAUGAGGCAUCUGCACAAGGUGCUUUAACUUUGGCCCUUCUUUUCCCUCCCUUGGGGCCUUCCCACCAUUGGUUUUGAAGGAUCUGUGCUGCCUGCUGCUCUCCUUGAAUAAUUCCCCUGCCUUUUCCCCCACAACGUGAAAUUUCUCCCACUUUUCCCUGUUUAUUUGCCCGGAUCCAACACGGUGCCUCAAUGCCAAAGCAUGAGACAGGAUGGAGGCAAGAGGUCAAAGCAAAACCUUCAGUGAGUCUAAAAAUCUUCUGGAAGCCAUGGAAAGGGACAAAACCAACCCUUUUUCCAAAUCUGACUGCUGCUUUCUUGUCACAGAGCCAACCCAUGGCUCCAAUUUGAGCCCACUGCCAACUCAUGGCUCCAAUUUGAUCCACUUUAAUUUUCCUGUAUGGAUAAUAAGAUUACUCCAGAGAGGUGACUCAGCUUCCUUGGGGAUUUUUUCCUCCCAGUCUUCCUCAAUUUACUCCUCACUUGGUGUCCCUGCUCCAGGCCCUUCUCCAGGCUGUGAUCCCGGGUUGCAGGAGACACCCUCUCCAUGCUGGAUCCUUGAGUGAAGCCUCUGAGUGCUUUUGAGUUUUGCAAUCUGCCCUGUUGGGAAAUAAAUAUUUUUUCCAUGCUCUCCAUGCACUGGGAAGAGGGAAUGCUCCAGCAUUCCGAGGUACCUCAGAACCACAGUGCUAAGGAAGACAUUCACGUCCCGGAGACAGCUCCCAGAAAACUCAGCAAAUUUUCCCAUUUCCCACCCAAAUUUCUCUCCUUGGUACAUAUUUGUUGGAUGCGCCGGGAAUGUUUCAGUCUCACUGCUCCUUCAAAGUCAAAGUCAAAGUCAAAGUCAACGUCAAAGUCAAAAGUCCAAGUCUAAGUUUAAGUUGACUUGUGCUGAUCCUAUUCCCAGAAGAUUCGUGUGGGAAUAAAAUGGAUGUUGGAAAAGUCAACAAAGCCAGGUUGGAUGGGGCUCGGAGCAGCCUGGGAUAGUGGAAGGUGUCCCUGCCCAUGGCAUGAGGUGAUUUUUAAGGUCCAAGGUGGUUUUUAAGGUGCCUUCCUACCAACCCAGUCUAUGAUUCUAUGGAAAUCAACGGGAGCAGGGAUAUGGAAGGGGAAAGGAAUAAACAGAACAAGUCUAUGGGAUAAAUAAGACCAAAAAUAAGGGAAAAAAAGGUGCUUUCAGCCCUAUUGCAAAAUGCCAUCAAGGAGCCACACCCACUAAUGAGGGAGAAAAACCUGUUUGCAAAACACUGGGGCAAAGGACCAAGUUGUCCUGUGUGAAGCACAAGGCUCAAUUUGAUCAUCACCACUGACCUCACCAACCUCCAAAACCCAGGGAAUGUCUGUUUGGACACAGGGCUUGGACAACUCUGGAAUUCACCACCUGAUGACAUCAUUCCAGGAUCAGGAGGGCCUGAAAAAAUGUCAGAAAAUCACAUGGAUUGGUAAAUCAUCUAGGGUUGGAAUGAUUCAUGUCCGAAACAGUCAAAAAUGCCCUGCUGAUGGCUACGUGCAGGGAAUUGCCAGUUAAAUUAAUCCAUAAUUGCCAGAAAAAGCGGAGUUUGACAAUAUUUUCUUUCUGCUGUCCAGGACUAAUCUUGUUUUAGAAGAAGCUCUGUGGACUUGGCAGCUCGAGCUCUUACAAGAUGCAUCUUGAAUGAGGGUCUCUAUCCCAGACUGUCAUGAACACAUUUUAAGGAAUUCAGAGGAGAGGAACAACACAGAGGAAUAAAAGCAAAAGGGUUGAUUUAAGAGGAGAGUUUGAAAAAAUGACACUUUGAGGGAUGGCUCUUUCCAGAGCAGAGCUGCAAUUCCAGGGUGCCAAUUUGUGGGCUUGGAACUGGAAGCCUGAUUUCGAGAAACUGUUGGGCGUGGAAAAAAAGCAGCUCCUCUACAGAAUCCCUGGAUAGCAGCAAAACUUCAUUAAAUCAAAAUUGUACAAGGUACUGGAGGAUUGCAAGCAGGAAAAAGAGCGAGCAGAGGGAUUAACCAGAGGAAAUUUGAUAAAGAAAUGAAGACUGACAUGAAAAUUUGAGGAAAAUCUUCUGUUUAACCAACCAUUAGCUAAUUUAAUUUAGUGUAAAACACACUGAUUUUGAGGUAAACCAGCUUAGGCCAGCUCAGAGGCUGAGUCUGGUGCUGUUGAAUAAUUAAAGCCAAUGAAUGGUGCAAACCCUGGAACAUCACGUGCUGUCCAUGCAAAGGGACCAGAAAAAUUCAUUCCUAGGACAAUCUCCCCAUGCCUCCAGGCUCUGCCUUCAUCAGAGCAGCGGCUCUGGAAGGGAGGAAAGGAAAACAUUCAGAGGAGGAGAGAGCAGAUCCAAACUUCUUAUCACUCACACGACCAGAAGAGCAAGAAAUGUGUGGCUGAGAGGGCUUUUCCCCAAGGUGCCAGCCCUUUUCCAAGGGCCCUGGUGUGGAAAACUCCCACACACGAACAUUCCACACCCUCGGGUUGAUUUCAUGUCCACCUGGAACCUGUAAAACUGCCGCUGCUGUUGGGCUGGGGUAUAAAACCUGCCCUCCAAGCAGCUUCCCAGUGCUGCUGGGAGGAUCUGCUGGAGAUGAGGACUCCUCUGGUCACCUUGCUGGCUGCUGUGCUCUGUGUGGAACAAGUUUAUCCAUUCAUGUGCUACACCUGCCAAGAACAGGAGUCCAACAAGGACUGUUUGACCAUUUCCAUGUGUGCCAAGGAGGACAAACACUGUGUGACCAUCCGGAAGGAUGUCGGGACAAAGCCCAACAAGCCUAAAUACGUCAUCUCCAAGAUGUGUUCUCCAACGUGUCCAGAAACAGGCCAGCAACAAAUCCAAAGCUCCCAGAAUGUUUCCUGCUGUGAGAAACCCCUGUGCAAUGUGAAUGGAGUCAGCAGCAGGCAAAGCAGCCACGGAAUGAUGUCCCUGGGUGUCCUGGCCAGCGUCACUUACAUCUUUACAUAUGGAUUGUGAUGGGUUUGGAAGAGCUCCCUGUGAUGGCUGAAAUAAAAGUGUUGUUCUGGGAUAA